AUGAACGAGGAAGUAGUGGACCCGGAUGUUCGCGCCCAUGUCUACAGUCUCGUCACUGCGUUGGGAGGGUUCAAUGGGGAGAAUGCUGAUCAAUAUGUGCUGGGUGAUGAUGCCCUGGCUUGCCUGCGGGACAUCAAACGCUGGCUGAAGUUGUAUGACGAGAAGUAUAACCGCAUGGAUGUGGCACGAUGCCUGGGGGAAGCGAAUCUGGUCAAUGGUGAUCUCCUACCAAUCCUGUCUGUAUGGGGUAGUAGCGGACAGGAUAGUAAAUAUAUGUUCAGGAUUGCGUUGGCGUGCUUGGAAUUGCUAGUACCCCUAACCUGGCCAUUGGAGAUUCAUGAUCAGAUGACUGUCAAUCAUCAUCGACACAUGCCGUAUUUGCAGCAUACUCAGGUUUCAUAUAAACGAUGUCUUCUUAGCCGCGGGAGUUCCUGUCUUCUUCGAACUGUUAUCCGAAUCGGCAUACCCAGCAUGGCGGUCCCGCGCUCCGAACGAACUACUAGGGAUGAAGGAAUUCUUAAACUCGUGCUUUAUCUACUGCGAAAUAUUACGGUGAUCAACCCCACUACUCGUCUUGCGGCGGAGGGUGACGAGGAGGAGACAUCGAGGUCCGCGACUAUUAAGGCCUUCCAAGAUCAAGACGCAUUUGCGCUUCUACUUACCAUGUGCUCCAAUAUUGGCGAUGAUUUUAAUAUGCAAGAUGUGGCUUUACUUGAGAUUCUGUUUCAUAUUCUGAAGGGAGUGGAUGUGGAACAACUUUUCAUGAACGAUGCCCAGCGGUCUGCCAAACGCACUGAUGAGCUGGAUGACUUAUUACGGCAAGAGUCAUCGCUGCGGAGAGAAUAUGCAAAAAAUGCGCCGACGAGACAUGGCCGAUUCGGGACGAUGAUCUGGGUCAAACGUGAUGAUGCGAAAGUGUCUACGGUCUCUGGACAGGACGUCCUUAAGGACAGUCAAGCAACACUCGAUAAAAUGGACCAAAGCAAGAAGUGGAACAAACCUCAGCAGCGACAGAAGAAAGAAUGGUCAACAUUAAACAAUGACUUUAGCACUCCCGUGCAUUUAAGCUCCGUUGCGUCCAAGAACCUGCGGAUGUUCGUUGAGGAAUUUCUUGACUCGGGGUUCAACCCUCUUUUCACUCACGUUCGAAAAUCGAUUGAGCGUGAAGCUGACCGUGUCUUACCAAUAAAUUCUCGUCAAUACUUCUACACUGUUGCCUGGCUACUGAAAGCGGAACGAGCACGUCGCCAACGUCAGAAACGGUCACAAAACGAAAAGUCACACAACUUGGCAGAGCCAGAUAAUUUUGGACUGGUAGCGAGCGUUCUUAAUCAGGAAACUUUUGUUUUCCUAAACAGAUCCAUGCAGUACAGUUUUGACAAUAAGGAUUGGGAAGAUCUUAAUGCCGAAAUGCGUUGCUUCACGCAAAUCUUGUUGACUGUCCAAGAAAUGGCGUUGUCUCCACUUGAAGAGGACCAGGAUAUUGCCGAGAACAUCCAAAACCGGAUUUUUUAUGAAGAAACCACUCAUGAUCGUAUACUCGCCAUUCUCCGUGGAUUCAAGGACCAAGGAUUUGGCUAUCUUGACGCAGCUACAGAGCUUUCACAUGUCUUCUUGAGGAUGCUGGAGCGAUAUUCGAAAGAGAAUGCUGAUAUGCAAGUGCGAUCCCUACGACGUGCUAGACACAAAAACAAGGAAUCUAUAGUAGCGGAUGAGGGUAAUGAUGAGGACCCUGUUUCCGAGGACGAAGAUGAAGCCGACGCGGAGCGAGUUUCCAGAGAGCGCGGAUUCGAUUUCCGGCGCUUUUCUGCGAAGUUCUGCAAUCAAAAAUGCGUCGACACCUUUGUUGCUCUUACCAAAUACUACAAAGAGCUGAAUUUGGAACAGCUAAAACGUGCCCACCGCUAUUUCUACCGGAUCGCAUUCAAACAAGAGAUGAGCGUAUUGCUCUUCCGCGUGGACAUCAUCAACCUUUUCUACAGGAUGAUUAAAGGGCCAGGGGCGAUGGAUUCGAGCAAGUCAAUUUACAGGGAGUGGGAGGAGUUGGUGCAGCAGAUCAUUCGCCGACUAAUCAAGAAAAUUGACCAGCGCCCCGCUUUGAUAACUGAGCUACUUUUUAGCAAAAUCAACUCUACUGUUUACUAUCUCGAGUACGGCCAUGAGAAGCAAACACUAGCCACAGCCAGGAGGCCACCUGCCGAGCUUGAAGUCAGCUCUACUGACGCAAAAACACUUGACGAGAAGAUUGGCAUUGUGAUCGGUGCCUUGAUCCUGGAUGAACAAGGUGGUUUGAUUGCGUGGGUUGGCGAGAUCCUCCAGUCGGCGGCGGAGGCAAGAGAGUCAUGGGAAACCCAGGCAAAUGAGAACCCCACAGCAUCUAGGGCACCCAAUCCCAUGAUCGCCGUUAAACCUCGUGAUGAUGCCUGUCAAAAAGCAAUGUUCUCGAACGCUAAGCUUCGUCUUUUGAUGACCUUGGUGAAACUCGAGCGUCUCGGAGUAGAAGAUGUGCCGGGGGCAUCUUGGAUCGUUCCCGCAUCAUUGAGUUCAAAAGAUCUUCAAGAUAUGAAGUCCAUUAUUGAUCGAUGCCUUGAUGAUCCUAUGACUGGUGACCUUGAGAAUGACCCUCGGGAAAUGCUUCGGCGUAAAUACCCUAGCAAGAGUAACAACAGUCGAAACCAAACAACUCUUGGUGCUGAUUUCGGAUCGGAAUCUGAGGGCGAGGAUCUGCCACUUUUCCCCCCUAAUCCUCGAUCGAAGACCAAGGAGCUCGACCAGCCGAAGAAAAACCGCAAGAAGCGGAAUGAGGAUGCUGAUCAAGAACCACUGGAUGAAGAGGCCUUGGAAGCGCGCCGCCAGAAACGCCUAGAGAACACACGAGAUCGCCAGGCAAAAAUUAAGAGUAAUCUAUAUGUCCACGCUAGCGACGAAGAAACCGACGAAGAUGCAGACAAACAGUUUUUCAUCCUCGAAGAGAAAAGGAGGAAAAACCAGGCUGAAAGAGUGCGGAAAGCCCUGCUUAGUGGCGCUGUACAGGAGACAGAUACUCGUGCAAGCAAAGGGAAAAGGCGCAAGAAACGCCAAAGCGGUAAUCAUACCCCGGGGAGCCCAGACACAUCAAGCAAGCGACAGCGACGUGCCCACCCAGCCACUUGGAUGGACCAAGACAAUGAUGUUGUCAAGAGCAGUACUGAAGUCCGGUCUCCCGGGUCACCACAAGAAUUCUCACCCAACCUUGAUGCUGAGGGGGACCUGGAAUUUGAUGAUGACUUGGCAUUUAGCCGUAAUCGGAAUCAUGCACCGGAGUCCCCUGCUCAUGGCAAGAAUGUGGGGUCAAGCAACACCGAAGCCAGUGCCGAGAAAGAGGAAGAUUAUGAUGAUAGGCCGGUGGCAGUGCCGGCUCGACGUCGGAUACGUGGCGGGUUCGUGAUUGACAGCGACACCGAAUGA